UGCCGGGGCGAGCAGGCUGGGCUGUUUAAUUUAGGAAACACACAGCUGUAUCAUUUGCACACGCCCUUAUAGGCAGGCACAGGUUCUCCACGCGCGUUCUUCAAAAGAAGCCACGGCAACAUGAAGAGCGCUCUGGUGCUGUGGGUGGCCUUGGCCGUCUCCUUGGGGUCCAUCCUGGUGGAAGGUUACCCACAAGCAUAUGAGGAUGAGGAGGUGCUGCUGGUCAACAACAAGUGUAAAUGUGUAACAGUGACCUCCAAGUUUGUCCCCUCUAAAGAAAACCCUGAAGAAGAAAUCCUGGAGAGAAACAUACGCAUCAUAGUCCCACUGAAGAGCCGAGAGAACAUCUCCGACCCCACAUCCCCCGUCAGAACUAAGUUUGUCUACCGCAUGACUGAUCUAUGCAAAAAAUGUGAUCCUGUAGAAAUUGAGCUGGGUGGCGAGAUCUACCAAGCCCAGCAGAGCACCUCCUGCGACGGUACGGAAACUUGCUACACCUACGACAGGGACAAGUGCUAUACCACAACCUUCCCUUUCCUCUACAACGGGGAGAGGAAAAUCCUUCAAGCAGCUCUGACUCCAGCCUCCUGCUACGCCGAAUAG